AGGAUGGUGAUCUCCAAGAGACUGCAAAGCAGAUUCAACCUCAUCAACAUGACUUUCCCUCAGGAAAGUCAAAUCAAGCGCAUUUUUGGAACCAUGAUCAACCAAAAGUUGCAGGACUUUGAAGAAGACGUGAAGGCUCUGGGUGAUCUUAUGACUCAGGCCACCAUUGACAUCUACAACGCCAUCAUCGCUAAAAUGCUUCCGACACCAACCAAGAUACACUACUUGUUCAACUUGAGAGACAUUUCCAGGGUAUGUGCUUCCCUUUAUCAAUGCCAGAAGAAUCUGUGAAUUUCCAUUGACACCUCUUGUCACUGUUAAUCUCUUUAUCUGUAUCAAUUGUGUGAGAGUGGGCACCCCCAUAAAAGUUCAUGAGAGCUCUUUCGUGUUUCGUGGUUAAAUAAAAAUUACAUUUACAUUUAUUGUUUUACAUUUACAUACUACAAGCAGGGUCAUCAUUUCCUUCUUAGUGCGACUGUUUGUGUUCAAUAUUGUUUUUUACCACAAUUGCUGCUAAUCUCGCAAUCUGAUUGGCUAAUUUGCCGUUAUCGACAAGAGUCCAUACCAUGCUGCUCGCGUCACUGUGUCGCGCAAUGCCUUCUUCAGCUCGCGC